UCCUUAUAUGUUUUAGCCUCCAGUCCCCUAAUCAUCUUUGUUGCUCUUCUCUAUACUCUUCCUAUUGAGUUUAUCUGUCUGACCCAUUUUACAACACAAUUUAAUUCUGGUUGUCAGAUCACCUACCACUGGCUAUCACAAAGCCUUGCAGGAAUUUUAGGGCCAGAAUGUGAGGCCCAAGAAUGAGAAGACCCAAAAAAAGAAACAUUUCAACAGAUUGGGAUUUCUCUGGGUAAAAUAGCUAUACUAAUCCCACAGGAUUAGUAAUGAAUUGCCUUCUGGCCAUGAAACUAAAAAAAAAUAAAAAAUGAGUAGGACUAAGAGAGAUGUUUAUGUAAGAGUUGUUGCAAGUUGAGCCGAGCACGCAUGCGCAUGCACACAGGCCUGCUUCUUGGGUGAUUUGAGCUGCACACACACAUGUGCACCACUCCACGGCCUGGUUGCAAAUAGGCCAUGGCCUGGGGGUUGGGGACCCCUGAUCUAGGUUACUUAUACCUAUGCUUAUACCUGUACACAUACAAGUUCCAUAUAUAUUUUGUGAUAGUUUCAAUUUAGGUAAAAAUAGGCUCUGCUGUGUUUCUUUGUUUCUCCUCUAAAUUGCUAUUCUUGGAUUAUGACCAAGCCAUAUUAAUGUAUCAGCAAGAUUUAAAUUCUCAAACAGAGAAAGUUCAAGAGAGAUUUAUUCAUCUCAGAAGCAAGAUUGCCAGUUACUGUCUCUCAUUUCCACCGCCAUAAUAUAGGAGAACAUUUACAAAUACAAAGUUUAUUGGCCCUCCAUCAGCAGAUUUAAUAACAUCCCAUAUGUUGUCAUACUAUAGGAUUAAUAGAGUUAUUAUUCUAUUGCAUCUUUAAUGAGUGUCCUGUACUCAGAAUAUUACAACUCUUUUAUUGCAAUUCCCAGAUUGUUCAAGGCAAUCUGUUAUGUCUCUUUAUCUCCAUCAAAGUGAGUCUCUCACCUAUAUUGUGGCAAAAUGUAGAAUUUGACUAUAAGUAGCUUAUAUUAGAUGGCGACUGACAACUGAGUAAAAUAUAAUUCCUGACCUAUUUAUUUUGUGUGCUUUGCAAUGUAUAUAAUAAACUAUUGAUUUUAUAUUAUUGUUUCAUACAGUUGUUUGGCUUUUGAUUGUAGUAGAGUUUUAUCUGUGCAGAAAGCUUUACAGCCUCCUCUUCCCCUCACAGUUUUCAAUCAUUUGCUACUGAUUUAAUCAUGCUGAAACUAAGUGGCAUCUUCCAGCUCUGUAAAGUACUAGCUUUCUAUGCAAAUGUAUUUUUUUUUAACCUGGAAAAGUAUUAGAAAUAUAAUUUUCCACGUGGUUUGAAAUGCUAUUGACACAGCUGAAUGUAAAAUGAUUGAAAAUCUAUAUCAAAACAUUUGAUGUUCCUAAUUCAGAAAAACUCAUUUAUUCCUAUAGUUGUGCUUUUUUUAAUCAUCCAAGGAUCUUGUGUCAGGGAAAAACAGAAUAACAGAGUUGGAAAGAACCUUGGAGGUCUUCUAGUCCAACCCUCUGCUCAAGCAGGAAAUCCUAUACCAUUUCAGACCCCUCAGUGUUGGGGCCAUCCACAAUUACUGGAAGCAAGCCAUCCACUGAUUAACAUAGAUGAUAUAUGAAAAUAUAUGAUAAAUUUAUCUCAUAGAGAGCAAGGAAGCUAUCAUGGUCCAGAAUAUGGCAGCACAAGAAGUGAUGGGAAGUGCUUGCUAUGCCUAUGUAACAUCCCUGCUAAACACAGGAAUCCAAUUGACCCAAUUUGAUACGAUAUAAAGACAAACAUGACACAGAACCUAGCUACUUGAAGGACCAGCUAUUUACUGUAGUUUUUUCCCUGUCUUAUUUGCUCCAGCAGAACUGGCUUGGUUCAGAUCUCACCAAUUGAAUAAUGUCAUCUAUUUGGACUCAAGAGAUGGGCCUUUUCUGUUGCUAUAUCCACCCUUUGGAAGAGAUUGAUUCUUGAUUUAACCGCUGCCAGAUCUUUACACAAUAGCGGUUCUAUACUUAUAGCACAGCCAAUGCACACUAACCAGAACUGUCCCAGUGGACAAUAUGAAAUCAAUGGUAUCUGUUGUGACCUUUGUAAGCCUGGUUCUGUUGCCAAAUCUUUAGAUUGCACAAAGAAUCCUAAAACCAAUUGCAAACCUUGCACAGGGGGUAAAGAAUAUAUGGAUAAAGACAAUUUUAAAACUGCUUGCCUACGAUGUAAUUUCUGUGAUACAGAACACGGGAUGGAAACUGAAAAAAACUGUACCAUCACCCAGAAUGUAAUAUGUAGGUGUAGGACUGGUUUCUUUUGCGAGUCAACUAAACCUUGCCGCCACUGUGAUAAAUGUGAUAAGUGUGAAAAUGGCAGAAUUGAAAAACCGUGCACCCCAACCCAAAAUACGAUUUGUGGGGAAAAAGAGAAUUUGCUGUGGCUUUUGUUAAUUCUGCUUCUUGUCGCAGUGAUUGUGGGACUGAUUUUAUGGCGGCGCUAUUGUCCAGGGUGCAAAAUUCAAAGGAGGCCAAACAUUCCAGUUCAAAAGAGCCCUAACUGUGAAACAUAUGAUUUUAAGAAAAUCGAGUAUCGAGAUCGCGAAGAAGAAACAGCAUGGGGCUGGGAGUCAGAUAUUAACUUGAAGCCUUACAUUCCUAAAAUUGUAUGUGAUAUGGAAGUGAACCAAGUCAGAAGCCUUGCUCGGAAAUUGGGUCUAAGUACAGCCCAAAUCGAUAGGAUCAUCCAUGACAAUUUGAAUGAUUCUUCUGAACAAAAAAUAAAAUUACUGGAAUGUUGGCAUGAAAUGCAGGGGAUAAAAGAUUCCUAUCAGACUUUAAUCACCAGUCUGAAAGAACUUAAAUUUUAUGAUACGGCUAGUAAAGUUAAGCAACUAAUGGAGAGGCAAUUCAACCAUCCAGAAGAUUAAAAGAGCACUCUAUCUGAAAAGAACUUUUGUUUUGCUUUCAAGAGGUCACUAUGUAAUCAGAUUGGACUCCCUGUGUUGACAUGGCGUAUUUCAGCAUGCGUAACAUCAAUAAUAGGACCAGUUGAUACAGCAAAAUUUCCUGACAACAUUCCUCAAAAAUUACACUAUGCUACCUCGGGUUAUUUUUUUUUAUCAAUUGCAAGACCACUGCUUAACAAGAACAGAAGACAUUAUACAAUUCACGAAGGACUCCUUCCAAGUGAAGUAUGACGUGUGGCAUGUAGGGAAACAAAACAACCACCACAAAAAUUUUUGCUGGUAGCACCUUGAUUAUGUUUCAGCAGGCAGCAGCAACAUCUGAUUACAGUACCUUGUCUGGGCUCAGAAGCUCUGUUCAAAGAUAGAGGAUCUCUAAUGAUAUAGAGUAGUUCUCAACCUUUUCUUUACCACGAAUCCCCUUUAAAUAUAUUUUAUGGCCACAGACCCCCAAGAAGUAACUCAAGAUUUAAAUAAUUACAUUUCUUCAACCCUUAGCGGACCCCCUGUGAUGACAUCAUAAGAAGUCUGCAGACUACAGGUUGAGAACCAUUGAUGUAGACUAAACUAGGAAGUUCAAGAAAUCCAGCAAAGAGCAAUUGUGGACUACUUUUGUGUUGUUGCUAAGCAUAUACCACAUAGUUAUGUUCAUGAGGCCAUCAACAGUUGAGAUCAAUGUGAAAAAGUCUUGCUUACCGCCUUCUAUAAUGCUUUCUCUGCAGAUGGUACCAUUUCUGGAAUUAUCCAUGUACGUCAUGCAUUUUAAAUAUCUGGUUCUAAAAAUGAAAAUAUUCUUUAUUUCUAGUUCCUGCUGCUGCAACAUUUGUUUUUGUAUAGUUUUGUUUGGUGUCAUUGUCAGUUCUUCACUGAGGGAUUUCUGUACAUGAGUGAGAUAUUAAUAAAAAUAAAUGAAUGUAGAGCCA